AUGGGCAAAUUCUUACAAUUACUUCUCCACCCGGAUGAAUUGAAGUCUGUAAUUCAGUUGACGGGGUUUAGACAAUCAUUGCAUCCGGCACCAGCAUCUCAAUCGCCAGCUUUGAAGCGAUGCUACGAAUUGUUGAAUCUUACCUCGAGAUCAUUUGCGGCGGUCAUUGAGGAAUUACAUCCAGAGCUAAGAGAUGCCAUAAUGAUCUUUUAUCUUGUGUUGAGAGCUUUAGACACAAUUGAAGAUGACAUGAGUAUCGACGCCGAAAUCAAGGUUCCUUUGUUACGUACUUUUUAUGAAAAAUUGGACACAAAAGAUUGGACAUUUGAUGGAAAUGGUCCAAGGGAAAAAGACAGAAUUGUUCUUGUUGAGUUUGACCAGAUACUAGACAUUUACCAUGAGUUAAAAUCACAAUACCAGGAGAUUGUUAAAGAUAUUACACGUAAAAUGGGUAACGGUAUGGCUGAUUAUAUCUUGGAUGAAAAUUUCAACCUCAACGGAGUGGAAACUAUUGAAGAUUACAACUUGUAUUGCCAUUAUGUUGCAGGGCUAGUUGGUGAGGGAUUGACAAAGUUGAUGGUGUUAGCUAAAUUUUCCGAUGAUUCAUUGGUAGAGGACAACUUUGAGAAGUCUAACUCUAUGGGGCUUUUUUUGCAAAAAACAAACAUUAUAAGAGACUAUCAUGAAGACUUAUUAGAUGGUAGAUCUUUCUGGCCAAAAGAAAUCUGGUCGAAGUAUACACCAGAGUUGCCCCAGUUCCACAAGAACAAGUCAAUGGAGUUUGAAGGGUUGUCCUGUAUCAACGACCUUGUAUUGAAUGCACUUGGACAUGUGAGACACGUAUUGGAAUUCUUAUCUUUGGUCAAAGAUCCCUCAACAUUUUCGUUCUGUGCUAUUCCAC